UCAAACGCAUUCCUUGUGCGCGCAAAAGUAACGAAUUUUUUCACCCUCGCACAAAAAUGGACCAAAAGUGCAGCUCAAAAGGCGAAAAGGACGUGUAAGGGCAAUCCAAAGGAUCAAAGAGGCCAAAGAUUAUACAAAUUAAUUUGACGCCAACCUUCCACCAGGAAGCUCCCUCAGGAAAGCCUCAGGAAAUGUUAUGUUCUCAAGUUAGUAAUCAACAACUUCCUGCUACUGCUAAAGCGGAAUCAGGUGGGACAAACAGGUGGUAGGCAAAAGUUGUGGGUGGAUGUGAGAUGCUGGCAAAGCAAUGAAAUGCAAACUAGAGUGAAAGAGAGAAAAUUAAAUUUGCAUCCGUUCGACACGUGACUCAGCCAAGGAGGAACAAAUUAUUUUGUUCUUAUCUCCUCCUGGCCAGAGGAGUCUUGUGCUGGUACUUGACCGACUGAAGAGAAGCGAGGAGUGUAUGUGGAUAGCACUUGCUGCCGCAUGAGGCGCAACAGUCGACGGUGACUACCCCUUUUUUCCCCCUUUACGUAUCUCGAUCCCACCGCUGCCACCAAUUGUAGAGAGGGUUGUAUAUCACAUCCCUCUUCCCGGGGCUGUUAUGCUGUAUUCUCUCAAAUAAUAAUGUUUGGCCCUCAUAUGAAUGCGAGAAGAUGUUAUGAAGAGUAUCUGGGCAAGUGUGAGAGAGAGGGGAGGACACAUGCAUUGCAUGCGUUUGACGCACGUCCCAAAAUCAGUCGAACGGCGCUCAUACACACGAUAGGACACGUGUAGCCUGCACACGCUCUCUUUCCGCGAAGUCUUCCGCGCGCGCCUUUUCUUUUGCAAAAUCUUUCAAAAAUCUUGCAAUCUCCGCAGACGCGUGCCCCCUUCCCCCCACACCUUGAAGCCCCCACUAAGAAGUGAAUUGUUUAGUAGAAGAAAAUUUCCCUGAAAAAAGAGGGGAAGUUGUGUUGUGUGACCUGUUGGACAUGGAUCCAAUCCAUCAUCAUGCCUCCCCACUCCAUCAUUGGGGCUAUGCAGCCAGUCAGCCGCACAACACGUGGAUCCCACCACCAAACAGGAAGCUCAAGAGGCCACUGUCGGACAGUGAAAAUGAUGAUCUCUACUCUGAAGAAUCCUCCAAGGAUCAAGUCUCUCCGGGGGAACCCAACAGUUGCCAGAUGCUGACACGGAAGAAGCGUCGUGGUGUGAUUGAGAAGAAGCGUCGAGAUCGUAUUAAUUCAUCACUGUCGGAGCUGAAGCGCCUCGUGCCGAGUGCCUACGAGAAGCAGGGAUCAGCAAAACUCGAGAAGGCGGAAAUCCUUCAGCUAACAGUGGACCACUUGAAGGCGCUCCAUUCCAAAGGAAUCGAUUCGAUUGCCUUCGAUCCGCAACGCUUUGCCAUGGAUUACCACAUAAUCGGCUUCCGGGAGUGUGCAUCGGAAGUGGCACGCUAUCUAGUCACAAUUGAAGGGAUGGACAUUCAGGAUCCCCUCAGAUUGCGCCUCAUGUCGCACCUUCAGUGCUUCGUGGCACAACGUGAGCUCUCCGCGAAGAAUUCCCAUCAUGCAGCUGCAGUGCAACCCACAACGGGUACUGCGUGGUCAACACCCGGAUCGAGUGGUGGCUCCUCGUGGUCCGCCACAGGAACGGCGUAUCAUCAUGCAGCGUAUCAGAAUUAUGCGCCACAACCAACAACGUCCUCCACAUCAGGGGGGUACGUUCCACAGCUUCCAGCCCCUGUGCCACCAGUUGAUGCACUCCACGACACGGAUGCCUCAACGGCAGCCACGUCGACACAUCAAACGGAUGUGUCGGUGCAGCAUCAGGAGGCACAGCAGCAGCACUACCCGAAUAACAAUCAAGACCACAGUCAGAGCAAUGCUGGCCCCAUCUACACAGACCUCUCAAGUGCCGUCCACAGGAGUACCGCCUCAAUUCACGGCUCAGCAUACGCCCAACACUCCCACUACCCCACCGGAAGUGCCCAGAGCUAUGCUGUACCUACGUCCGGGUAUAACAAUAACAAUGCUGCCCCGCCCGGAAAUGGAGCUAAGCCCUACAGGCCGUGGGGGGCAGAGAUGGCGUACUAAUGGGGCCAAAUGGGGGUGGGUCCACACACACAGAGUGAAUUCUAAGUCGUUUCAUAGUCAUUUUUUAGCCCAGAGAGAAUGUCUAUUUUACAUAUACAUACAUACAACAUAUUAAAUUAUUAUUGAACUAGGAUAUAGUUUUACCAGGAAGGACACAAAAGGUGGAGGAAUAACCAUUCAAAGGGGGUAAGUCAUUCUGUAUUUUUCUAUACACUGUGCUUUAGCAUAUUGAUGAAAGAUUUUUUUAUUCAAAGGGUUGUAAUAAUAAAUUUUUAAAUCAGAGUGAAUUUAAUUAAUUUUUAAACUAAAUAUCAGGGGUUGAAAUUCUGUUAAAAAUCUUUCCUUUUCUUGUAAUUUGUCAAUUAUAAGAUUUUUGAUAUUCUAGGAAAAAUCUUUUAAAGAUUUUGACAGUUUCUUUCGUUCUUUUAUAAUGCUUUUAGGGAAAAUUACCUUUCUAGAGGUCUUUAAAGUUCUUUCUGACUGUUUUCUAGAACAACAAAUAAUUUGUUUUCCUUUUCUGAAACGACAAGAGAACUACUGAAAAAUAUCAACUGUCAAAAUCUUACAAAAAACUUGAAAGAAUAGAUAAGAAAAGUUUCUUGAUAGAAUCGACCCCAAAACUACAAAAAAAAAAGUACAAAAAAUGAAUUAAAAAUGUAAAACGAAUACAAAAAUGAAAAAAAAAUGUGCCACAAAUAAAUAUUAAGAAAAAGAAUUAUGUACAAUCUUCCCCUAAAUGACAAACCCCCUUGAAUUUAGCUUUAUAUAUACAUUUUUUCGAGAAAAAAAACCCACAAACACGUGCAAAGAGGACAUCAGAAAGUCAUUUGCAAAAAAUGCCAUAAAAGUAUUCUAGGAAAUACAAUAUUUUAGAGAUAGAGAGAAAAAUAUAUAUUUUAGAUAAGAAAAAAAACAUUUUAGUGAGAAAUUAAAAAUUUAUUUAUAAAGUUUUUCUACAAAAGAAUAUUUUUCCAAAAAAAAACGUAAUUUUAAGAGCAAUAAAAUUGAACAAAAAAAAGCAACAGAUGAAUAAAAUUUAAGAGAGAGAGAAAUUGUGAUUUUACACCAAG